GGUGGGAGGAAGAGGCGGUUGAUGGGAUGAGGUUGGAGAGUUGGAGCAGUUCAUGGCUGCUUUGAAGGAGAUGAGAAGGAAGGUUGUGAAUAGGACUGAAGAGUUGAUGAAGAGUUGCAGUGCUGCUUCAAACGGUGCGGUUUUGGCUCAGCCUCUGCCGGUUUCGGGUUUUCAUGGAGCUGGUUGUCUUAAUAAUCACGGUGGAUUUGAUGGAGAUCAUGGUCUUGUUGUUGGUGGUAGUGGUGGAGGAGAAGAUGGUUCAACCUUUUUUGGAUUUGGAUUCGAACGUGGAAAGUUUUGAGUGUGCUUUUUUUUUUUUUUUUUUGGGUGUAUAUGCAUGGCUGACUUUGGAAGAUAAUAAUGGUUUUAGAUUUUUCUUAAUUAAUUUGUUUUUUCGAUGGGACAUUUUUAGGUUUUGUUACAUAUUGAAUAAAACGUAUGUUAUAUGAAUAAAGGUAUUUUCAGAAUUUUUUUUAUGCACUCUUUUUAUCCUACUGGUUCUUUCUUUUAUCUAUGCAUGAUGGUUAUGUAGAUUGCAAUUGAAUUUUGAAUAUAUAACUUCUUAAGGUAAAUUAUGAUAUAUAAUCAGAAUUAUAUUUUGUUCAGUCAAUCACGUCAACUUGUUUUUUUUUUGUUCUUUGCCAAUAUUUUUUUAUAUGUGAUUUAGAGAAAGAUGAUCGCCCAGAGAGUUUCUUUCGUCGAAUUCACCUCUCCUACGUCCCAUUUUUACAUCAGUGGACGGUGUAGACAUGAUUUGAUGAAAGGAUCGAGAUUUGGAAGAAAGGGAAUAAACAGAAUACACAGAGUCGACUGAUGCCUCUAUACUAUUGAGAGAGAGAUCAGAUUGGACCAAAACCGGGCCAGAUGGUCAAGGAAAUUUCUAAGCACUGGAAAUAUAAUCAUUUCUUAUUUUAUUGUCCUGGAAUUCAUUUUCUUUCAUUCCCAAACUGGGUAAUUGUUACAUAUACAAUCAUGGAACUAUUCAUUGAGCAAGACCCACAAUUACUAGAACAGUAUAUUAAGUAAUUCUUGCGAAAAGAAAAAACAAUAAGAAAAUGUUUGGUAUUGGAACUGUUAGAUUGAUAAUUUUAUCUUUUUUAUUUAUUUUUUUAUUUUUAUUUGAUGGGCGUUAGUGGAACAAUCUGUUUGGGUCUUGCUCUGACCAAGAAAAUUAAAUGGUUAUGGGUAGGGCCAUUUGAGUAUUUUCUUAGGAGACUAUAGUCUAUAGGAGUUAAGUGAGAUUCUUGAAUUGUAAAAUCAUUAAGAGGCUACUUUCAGUGACAUUUUUUUUUAGGUCUUUUUAUUUUCUUUUCUUAAUCAAUUUAAUAGACUCCAUGGAAACUCAGUGGAAGUUCCAUAUGAAAUUUUACUUCUAAGAGUUACUUCUUUUGACAACUUGAUGCUUUAUAUAUGGACCACCAUCUGGUCUAGCUUUCAACUUCCUUUAUAUAAAGAUGGCCUGCUUGUGUAAUUUUGUUUCACUUUAGGCUGAAGACUACACAAAGCCCCUUCCUUUUUAAGCAUAUGGUGUGUUUGUGGGUAUUACUCAGUGAAAGUUUUCCAUGUCUACUAGUAGUAAAAGCACAACCAGUUGUAGUGAAGAUGAUAAUGAGCUUAGGAGAGGGCCAUGGACAAUUGAAGAAGACACUCUCCUGAUUCAUUACAUAGCUCACCAUGGUGAAGGAAGAUGGAACUUGCUAGCAAAACGUUCUGGGCUAAGAAGAACUGGCAAGAGUUGCAGUUUGAGCUGGUUGAAUUAUCUGAAACCUGAUGUCAAGCGCUCAAAUCUUACUCUAGAGGAGCAGCUCUUGAUUCUUGAUCUCCAUGGGCAACAGUACUUACCUGGGAGGACGGACAAUGAAAUCAAGAACUAUUGGAGGACAAGAGCUCAGAAACAAGCUAAGCAUCUUAAGAUUGACAGCAAAAGCACAGCAUUGCAAGACAUCAUUAGGUACUUUUGGAUGCCAAGGUUGCUUCAAAAGAUAGAAGAAUCAUCAUCAUCAUCAUCAUUGCCAAUCCAAAAAUCAGAAAUUCCUCUGUCUCUUGACAAUGGUACUACUCAACAUUCUGCAUCAGCAUAUGCGGCACAAAUAUGUCCACCGCCACAAAUCUCUGUUCAGGGAGAUCAUCUAAAUGCGGAUGGCACCAAUGGUUUGAACAUUCAGGAGCAGAUUUCAGAUUGGGAAAAUUGCACUAUUUCAUGGAUAGACUCUUCAGAAUCAAUGAAUAUGUCACAGAUAUCUCAAUUUUCAGAAUGCCCACAGACUAGUCCUUUCCAUGUCAUAGCUAGCAAUGCCCACAACACAUUGGGAAAGAGCUACUCAAAUGUCAACAAUGGUUCCUCCAUCGAUAUCUACAAUGACGCAAGUUUAUCAGCAUCCGGGAUGUUUGAAAAUCCUGCAGGAGAUUACCAUGUUGAACAUAACAGUUGGAAUGAUAGUGAUUUUUUAUGUAGCAUGUGGAACAUGGAUGAAUUAUGGCAGUAUAGGAAUUAAAUGGUAAAGGGAAGCAAUAGGAUCUUGUUUCUGGGAAACACACAAAAAAUUCUUCAAGCUUAAGGCAUCCAUUAGUUCCUAAUUAGCACUCUAUCAUCGCUCAUGUAAUGGGCAAUUUGUUAAUUUUCCAUUCAAUUUAAGAAGAUGCAAAUAACUGUGUUUAAAGUGUUUUGCAUAUCAAAGUUACUAUGUAAUUUUGAUAAUGAAAAUUUUUUGGUCCUGUUUGACUGUCAUUAAAUUUGUUUCUCUGCCUCUUGUGUUUAUGAUUUCAUUUAGAAAUUCUAAACACCUAAACUUGUAUGGAAAUU